GGUGCGCUGUGUCCCUCAGAUACAGCAGAUCACCAAUCAAUGGAAAGAGCCAAAGAUGUCGGCUCAGUCAUGUGAUCAGCUGUGUCCAAUCACUGAUCAUCAGGGCACUGAUCAUCAGUGUGCCCUGAUGAUCAGUGUAGCCCCAGCAGUGCCACCUGUCAGUGCCCAUCAAUGCCAGCUCUCAGUGCUCAUCAAUGCCACCUGCCAGUGCCCAUCAGUGCACAUUAAUGCCACAUAUCAGUGCCUACCAGUGCACAUCAAUGCCACAUAUCAGUGCCCAUCUGAGUUGCCAUUCAGUGUCACCCAUCAAUGCCACCUAUCAGUGCUGCCAAUCAGUGCCACCUAUCAAUGCCAGUCAGUGCUGCCUAUCAGUGCCAGUCAGUGCUGCCUAACAGUUCCAGUCAGUGCCGCCUAUCAGUGCCCAUCAGUGCCGCCUAACAGUGCCAGUCAGUGCCACCUAACAGUGCUAGUCAGUGCCGCCUAUCAGUGC